CAGGUGACCUCACAUAGAAAACGUGAAUAUGCGAGACUUUCAACUCAGCGUGUCACUUCCGGUUUUUAGCAGUCGGCAAGAUGUCGAAGGUCACUUUCAAGAUAACGUUAACGUCGGAUCCCAAACUCCCUUAUAAAGUGCUCAGUGUACCAGAACAGACUCCUUUCACAGCUGUACUUAAAUUUGCUGCUGAAGAGUUUAAGGUGCCACCUGACACAAGUGCUAUAAUAACAAAUGAUGGUAUAGGAAUUAACCCAGCACAGAGUGCAGGUAAUGUGUUUCUAAAACAUGGAUCUGAGUUGAGGCUAAUACCCAGGGACAGAGUAGGAUGUAGCAGCUAACAUAAAACUAUUGACUUCAUAGGACAUAUAGGAUAUACUCUGAGAUGGAGAAGUUCAUACUGGAAACCAUAACAUCUCAUAUCAAUAGCUAAAAUGCAUGAAGGCAUGAGACACACGUAUUGAAACUUUUCCAUGGCUCUCACAGAUAAUUUUUUCCAAGGGUCAUUCUUUUGGAAAUAUUGGACCAUAUCUUCUGUACCACGUAGUUAAAGUAAAAUUUGAAAGGGCAAAUUUCUCAAGAAGUAGACGAUAAACUUAAUUGCUUCCCCGUCAACAAUUUCAGUAUUUUUUAUGUAGCAUGUGUAUUGUGAUAUUUGUUAUCUGAAAAGUUGUUUCUUUAAUCUUGGAUUCCUUUAUUUAAAACUAAACGUGGAAACUAAGGUUAUUUAAAAUGCCACUUUUAUUUUGGGAAUUGUCUGUUAAUCUAAAUUCACAACAGAAAAAGUAUGUAAAAAAACUUUUUAUGCUUUGUGCAACAUAUUCAGGUCAGUUGUUCUUGGUCGCUAUAGUUUUGUCUCAUUCUGCUGGCUAGUUAAAGGGUGGUGCACUAAUACGUUAAGUUUCCUUAUAUAAGCUGUGAGUGAAACCUGUAACGUUUGAGUGUACUUGUUUUGGAUCAAAUCAUGCCAUUGUCUUUUAUUUAUAGGAAUUUUUUCAAUGCAUAUAAUGUAAAACUAAUAAACCUAUUAAUCUGCUAUAAACCAACUGUUUAAAUGAUAUCAAACAAUUUGUACCUGUAUAUGUACAUUUUUCACUGUAAGAAAACUUAUAAUAUUAAGUCAGUAUCAGUCAUUGUAAGGAAACCUUUUUUAAAUUAUAAAAAGACAAUUGAUAUAUACCUGCAUCAUUUAUGUUUUAGUGCAAUAAAAAUCAUUCUAUAUGAAA